UACAGAAACAGCACCUAGCUGUCCUUGUCAGUCACUUAAAAUACAUAUAACCUUGGGAAUCAAGAGAUCCACACCAGAGUAGAGUCUGUUGGUGGAUGAGUUACUUGCAGACUCCUGCUUGAGAAAUACAAGGAACACUUUUGCAACCAUGGAGAAGAAAACUGUUGUGAUACAAACCAAGUUGGGUCAGCUGAGAGGUCUGGUCUGCAAAUCUAUUUUGACUGAGAAGGAUUUUUAUUCAUUUCGAGGCAUUCCUUAUGGGAAACCACCUCUAGGAGAACUCAGAUUUAAGGCUGCUCAACCAUUUGGGAGCUGGGAAGGUGUGAGAGAUGCUCUGGACAAUGGACCGGACCCCAAGCAACCCCCCAUGGGACCAAUAGAGGUACCAGGGAUGGACCUAACUACCAAUGACGAAGACUGUCUUUAUAUCAACGUGUAUAUGAAUGAGCUUCCAACAAAGGAUAGCGUCAAGAAACCAGUCCUAUUCUCUAUCCAUGGAGGAGCUUUUCUAGUUGGUUCUGGGGGUUCCAAAAUGAAUGGUGCAGAACAUUUGCUGUACGAUGAUGUAGUCGUUGUUGCAUUCAAUUAUCGAUGUGGUGCUUUUGGAUUUCUAUCCUUGGAGAAUGAGGAAGUCCCAGGAAAUGCAGGACUCAAGGACCAGACCUUGGCCUUGAAGUGGGUUCAUGACAACAUUGAGAGUUUUGGAGGUGACCCUAACAAUGUCACUAUCUUUGGCAUCAGUGCAGGAGGAUAUUCAGUGGGAUUCCAUCUGGUUUCCCCUUCUUCCAGAGGCUUGUUCCACAAAGCUAUAAUGCAGAGUGGAUCUCCCAUGAAUUCGUUGCUAAUUCAAGACAACCCACGGUCCCAAGCCACAAAACUGGCCAAGACACUGGGGUGUACAUCUGAUGAUCCUGAUACAGUACUUCAGUUUCUUCAGUCUGUACCUGCUGAUGAUAUUGUUGCUGCCACCAAAACAAUGUCUAAAGAGAAGGAGGCAGUGAAAAAAGUCACCUUGAUAUUCACUCCCAGUGUAGAGGUUUCAGGAAAUGAACCCUUCUUAACCGAUGAUCCUGACAAACUCAUGAAGACAGGACAGUUUGCUCAUGUUCCUGUUAUUAUAGGAUGUUGCGCCCAUGAAAGCAGUGUGAUUGCAAUGUUUGAUGGAGUAUGUGACGAAACAUUCAACACUUUCAAUGAGAACCCUGAAUGGCUGGUUUCACCAUGUUUGGAACUCAAACCUGGAAGUGCCAAUGCAAAAGAAGCUCAAAAAGCGAUUUGGGAUUUCUAUUUAAAGGGGAAACCUAUAUCCUGGGAUAACCUUACAGGUUACAUGAAUUACCAAAGUGACAACCUUUUCGUUCUGGGAAUGCAUCUGACUAGAAAAGAACUUUUGAAAAAGUCAAAAGAACCAGUUUACACAUACCUGUUCUCCAAUCAUUCAAGAUGUAUUUGUCAAUUUUUUGCACACUUCUUACCUGCGUAUGCAUCAAUCCUUGAUCCAUCACGUACAUGCCAUGGAGCGGAUUCCUUAUUUACUUACGGAAGCAGUGAAGGACUACCGCUCAGUCCUGUUGACAAGGAGGCAAUAAAAAAACACGUUAAAGCAUGGACUACCUUUGCUUCUACUGGUAAUCCAAACGCUGAUGAACUUGGAGCAACAUGGAAGAAUGACUCCAUAGCCGAGCCUUGCUACAUGGAUAUUGCCUCUCCUUGGGCAUUGAAGGAGGGAGUUAUUUUUUCAGACAGAAUGUGUUUUUGGGAGAAAUUAUUGUCAAAAUAUAGCAACUCUUAAAAGUUUGAAUCUGCUCACACCAUUCUAUUAUGUAAAAAUUAAUAAAUAAACAUUAUUUAUUUACAAAA